GCUGCGAUUACUACAGACUGAUUGCAUACACUGCAAUACACUGCACACACUCGCACACGCACACACCUAGUCUACGAUAUCAUGUCGUAGCACCCCCUUCCGCGGUCGCGCAUCACAACACACAUCCCCCCUCUCCCCCUCCAUCGACAACGAGCAGGCUGUAGUCAGCAUCUCCCUCUGGACCCGGCCAGUCAACUGCGCCCCCCAUCUCACACCUGGACCCCCGUCCCCCCCCCUUCUCCCCUGGUGGCUUUUGUCCUUGCCCCCCUCCCCUCCCCUCAUUCCCCCUCCUCCGACAUUGUUCAUCAUCAUCAUCCCAUCUCGCUUCACCUCCACGCACACACGCAGCAGUAGCAGCACGACGACGCCGGCCGACUCGACACGCCGCCGCCGCAUCUGAGCUGCGCACGCGGCACCGACCGUCGAACAUCGCCGCCGCCGCCGUCGCCUCAGCCCUCAGCCCCCCCGCCCGGACCCCCACCCCGCAUCACAAUGGCUGACGCAGCCGGCUCGCCGACCACUGCGACCGCGAGGCCAGAAACAGGCGCCGCCGCAGCCUCGUCAUCAUCACGGAGGGACAGCGCGUCCGCCUACGCCGCGCUCGAGGCGCGAGUCGCCGCGACAGAGGCCUCGUUCGCCGCCCUCCAGGCCCAGGUCAGCCGCCUCAGCUCCAUCGUCAAGGCUGCACUCCCCGACGCCUCGACCCCGCCAGCUAGCUCGGCAGUGCCGCCGCCCGCCCGCGUCUUCUCGCCGUUCGACCCCCCCGCAAGUCCCCCAUCACAGCAGCCGGCGUUCCAGCCGAUCGGAACCGCACCCCGUCGCAGCAGCCCUACGCCUCCGUCGACAGGCGCUGCUCCGGGCGCUCCUGGUCCCGGUGGCAGCGUUGCUGCUAGCGACAGCAGCACAAUCGCCGCGCUCACACAACAGAUCGCCGCGCUCUCCACUAGCGUCGCCCAGCUCCAGCGACUGCAGUCACACAAUGCCAUCGCCGCGCCGCCCCCGCCGCUCGGCUACCCGGCUUCGGGUGGUGGCCCCCUUGCCCCGCCCAACGGCCACCCGCACGGAGGCCACAGCGGUGGGCCAGGCCAAGGCCCGCCGGGGCCGCAGGGACCGCCAGCGCUCGGCGGCCUCGCACGCCAGAUGGCGGCGCCCCUGGACUCGAUGCCAGGCCCAGGUCCACUCGGACCCCACGUCAGUCUUCUCAGCCCGGGAGGUGGCCGCGGCGACUUUGGCGGCCCCCAGCGCGGCGCCAACAACCGCCCGUUCUCCACCAGCCUGCUGGUCGACGACAACAAGUGGGGUGCGCCGCCCGGCGGCAAGUUUGGCGGAGGUCCGGGGCCACUCGGAAACCUCGGAGGAGGCCCAAGCCGCGACUGGCAGAGCUCUGGGCCUGGCCCGCUCAUAGGCACGCCGCCCAAUGGCGUCAACACUGGCGCUGCUGCUCCUGGUGCGGGCAUCGUGGUGACCAAGUGGGAGCACCUCAACCUCAAGGUCGAGUUGUUGCGCUCAAUCGCAAAGUAUGGUAUCGGCCCGCCAAACAAGAUCCAGGCGCGCGUUCUCCCUUUUAUGCUCAAGGGCUCUGAUAUCAUUGCGCAGGCUCCUCCGACACAGGAGCGCAUCAUCUCAUACGUCAUCCCAGCGCUUCAGUUGUGUCUUUCGCUGCCUCCGCCGCAGGGCCCUUACCGUGGUCCGGCUGUCAUCAUCAUCACCACGACGGUGGACCAGGCGACGCAGUGCCACAAGCUCGUGAGAAACGUCGGCGGACCCUUGGGUGUCCGAUCCGCUUUGGCUGCCGGUGCGGCGGGCUCGGGCAACCUGGCGGCCGAGGUUGGUGCCAUGCAGCGCGACGCGAUUCAAAUGCUUAUCGGCACCCCGGCCAAGAUCAACGAGGUGAUGAGUGCCCGUGGCGCUCUGUCGGGCAACGAGUGCCGCCUGCUUAUUCUCGACGAGGUUGACCAGUUAAUCGCCCGCAACUUGUAUGAGAACGUGCUGAGUGUGGCGCGUUUGCUUCCUUCGCCGCGCAGGCCAGGUGGCAACCUCACCCCCGGUGGACCCACGCCGUUCUCACCGGUCGUCGGCAGCCCGUACGACAACGGACAGCACUCGCCGUUCAACCCGCAGAGCAAGACGCCGUUCCCCUCGGUUCAGCCCUCGCGAUUCAGCACCCCUGGCGCAAACGGCGCGCCCCCUCCCUCCCCCACACCGACGAUCAUUGACCGUCAAACGUGUCUCUUCUCCAACACAAUUCCCACUGAUGUAAUCAACUUUUCCCAAACGCUCCAGGUACGCGACCCCGUUCGCGUGCUUGUGAGGCGCGAGGGCUCCACAAACUCGCAAGAAUCUGUCUCAUCAAUCACUCCUGGCAUCAAUCUCAAGCACACAUAUGUCUAUCUCACAAUCACGGGUUCGGCACGGACGGACGAAUCGGCCGCAGACGGACCGGGCACCAUUGGCUCGGGGCGCGCCAAUGCCGGAGGUGGCGGCGCUGUCAGCGAGGAGGCGACGCGCGCAAAGGAGUACAAGCUCGACAUGCUCGUCAAGAUCCUCGACGACUACCCGCUUUGGCAGGCGGUUAUCCACGUCGGCACGUACAGCAUGCUCGAGGCGGUCGUGUACAAGCUGAGCGGUCGCAACUGGGAGACGCUGUAUCUUGCUUCAGACAUGCCUCCUUCGCAAAAGAAGGCAGUCCUGCAGCAGUGGCGAUCGUCGCACCCUGGCCAGGGCCCGCGCUUCCUCGUCUGCUUCGACGUCAACCCCAAGCCUCCUGACAUUCCGUGGACACCACUGGUGGUCAACUUUGACCUCCCUCGCUCUGUCGAGGGGUACGCCCUUCGGGCGGCCGCCGCUGUCCCACCCGCGCCUCGCCAGGGCCAGCCGUCGCCGCAUGUCAACGGCGUCGUCGUGAGCUUUGUUCAGGCCGCCGGAGGAGACGUCGAGAUGCUCCGCUCUACCGAGUGUGCCUAUCGUUUCAAGUCUGCCGAGAUCCCUACUGUCUUCCAUGACCUGUUCCAGCACUAGGCUUUGCGCCGUGCAACUGUUUCCAACACUGGGUCCAAUCUCAUUCUCGUAUUCAUCGUCUCGCCACGGUUCUUUCCUCAUUGUGAAAUUUUGGGAUUUACAUUUCAGACACGAGCAGCCAGACAACACCGCACGCACACAAGCAAACGCAAACUCUCAUCCCUCCUCCACAUGUCUGGUGUACACCGCCACUCUUCUCCCAUGUCUACUGUCUCUCUCUGGCUCGCAUAGCUCUCUGGUUCUCGUCCACAAUAUCCUAUCCACUCCAUACGCAUCUAUCUUGUUGCCGGCUGGCUGUUGCCGGCUGCAUCAUGAAUGUAGCUGUAUUCUGGGC